GGGACUACUUCCACCAUGGCCAAGAGUCCAGCGGCCAGCCAUUUGACAUUUCUUUUUGGAGUUGGAGAGUUGGCGUUUUCAUAUAUUUGUGGUGUGAAAGCAAAAUUUAUAUAAGUAAAAAUGUUGAACGUGGAGGUCGUGGGAGUAUCAUUCAAAUACAGCAUAAACACGCCGAUUUGUGUGCAAGAAUUAAAACAAGAAAUUGAAGAAGCAACAGGGCUUUUACGUGAUCAAUAUUAUGUCUUAUACAAUGGUCGACUUGUGCACGAAGAUGAUAUCUGUUCGGAUGGCCGUGCAACUGUGGUUCCAAGAUUACUGGGUGGCAAAGGUGGUUUUGGAUCCAUGCUACGAGCGAUAGGCGCGCAGAUUGAGAAAACCACGAAUCGUGAAGCUUGCAGGGAUCUCAGCGGUCGCAGAUUGCGCGACAUAAACGAGGAAAAAAGGCUGAAAGCCUGGAUUGAAAAACAGGCCAAACGAGACAAGGAGGCGGUAGAGCGCAAGAAGAAGAAACUAGAAAAACUAUGCAGUGAACCGAGACACGAGUUCAAAGAUCAACGUUAUGAUCAGGAACGUGCAGAAUUGACCGAGAAACUUGAAAAUGCCGUGGAAGAGGGCUUCAAAGCCGCUGGCACGUCGGGUAUUAAGAGAAAACUGGAGGAGAACAAUAAACCCAAUAAACGCAAGACCAUGUUAGAUUUAGAAAUUGACUCUGACGAAUUUGAGGAUUCUGACGACAGUGAGGAUGAGACGCUAUCUAGCGAAAAAACAAAGGCGAAAGAACAAGCGUUAAAUGAGAGCGGACAUUCCAGUGACGAUAUCGAAAAUGCCGAUAAAUGUAUCAAGAAAAUAGAAAGCGAGCAUUCUUCAUCAUCGCUCGAUAAUCAGAUAAAUGACAAAGUAUUGAGUAAUGACUCAAUAAAUACUAAAUAUAUUGUUGAAUCUCGAAUGUAAUUAUAUAAAAAGUAAAAAGAUUAUUAUAUUUAUGUCAUCUUGAAAGUUAGAUUGAUUGCUUAAGAUUAGGAUCGAUUUAUAUGAUAAUCGCUUUUUUAUUAUCAAAAAAAUAAUGUAAGAAAUUUAAUUUUAAACAUCUUAUAUCAUGUAUUAAUGAGUAAUUAUAAGUGAAAUGUAAGAAUUUAACGACAUGAAAUAAAUUACUUUAUGAAUUUUUUUGUAA